AUGGCCUCAUUAGCUCUACACCAAACGCGCUCGUUAAUAUCUACGUUCAGAUCGUCAUGGGCGCAGCUGCCACUUGCUGCUUCUCUAGCUGCCAAUUUGGAGCUACGGCAAAAGUCAUUCAGUUGGGCUUUGCCAGGCUUGCAGUCCCUACUCGAACUGCUCCCUCCCAUCGUCCUCGCGGUUCCAAAGAGUAAAAUUUCUCAUUCGCGAAAGUCAAUGCGCAGUGCAAAUAAAGGACUUAAAGACAAACGGAAUAUCGUCAACUGUCCAGCUUGCGGAGAGCCUAAGCUCGCACAUCAUACAUGCAAAGCAUGCUAUUCUGCAAUAAUGAAGCGUUUUAGAAUGGAGACUAAGAGGCUGGCAACAGAGACGGCGAAACGCGUGAGCGGAGGGAGCUGGUCGGGGGCAAAGGCCCCGCUCAUGAUUGAGAGCCCGAAGGAUUCGUGA